AGACAUAUGGACCGAGAUGAAGUUGAUUCAACCUACAGUGGACUACUGAUGUUCAAUAAUGUGAGAUGGCUGAGUCGAGGUAAAGUACUUGAGCGAUUUGUGGAGUGCUUUGAAGAAAUUACGGUAUUUAUUGAGAAUAAGGAUCUGGCAAACUUUCCUCAGAUCAAUGAUCAUAAGUGGGUUAGCAAUUUGAUGUUUUUUACAGAUCUCUCUGUUCAUAUGAAUGAACUGAACUUAAAAUGCAAAAGUAUUGACAUUAUGUUUGGAUACAUCAAAUCUUUUGAAAGUAGACUUAAAAUUUUCAAGCGAGAUAUUGAAACUAAAACUUAUAAGUAUUUUCCUCGGAUAAAAAAGUAUUUCGAGAAGGCCACUACAAUGAGUGAAUGGAGUUCCUACUUAUGUACCAGAAUAUAG